CGGAAGCGGUAAUAUGGAGAUCGCUGUUAUGAAUGCAGUCUAUUGUCGAACUAAAAUUAACAUGGAUUUUUAUAGCCUUCUUACUCGGAGUAUGCAUGGUUCAAGGAUGUAAACAUUUCGUUAUUAUGUUCGAUCUUGAUGUUCUGUCGAAGGAAUUUUGUCCAAGAUGACCGAUGCUCGUAUACCCCGAAGAGCUCAGGUUGUCUUGCUAGACGAUCGUAAACUUGAUUUCUUAGUUCAGCCGCGACUUAUCGCACGAGAACUUUUAGAUAUGGUAGCAUCAUAUUUUAACCUGCACGAGAAGGAAUAUUUUGGAUUGUAUCAUACGGAUGAUAUAGGAAAUGAAAACUGGUUGAGUCUUGAACGGAAAGUUCUAGAUCACGAUCUUCCGCGAUAUGCUGAUCCUAUUGUAUUUUAUUUUGCUGUUAGGUUUUAUGUACCAAGUAUAACUUAUUUUAAAGAAAAAGUAACCGUGGAACUGUUUUAUCUUCAAGCAAAAACAUUGAUAUUCAAGGGAAACAUUCAUUGUGAAAGCAAUAUUGUCUUCGAACUGGGUGCUUACGUUUUACAGGCCACAUUUGGUGAUUUCACGAACGAAAAUGCUGCAAAAAAUGACAUGAAGAAGGUGCCCAUAUUGCCAACAAGAACAUUGAAAGAACAUCCGUCAAUAACUUACUGUGAAAAUAUGGUUAUUGGCCAUUAUCGUGGCUUGGAGAAAAUGCGAAAAGGACAAGCCAUUGUCGAGUACUUGAAUAAGUUCCGGACGAUUCCAACCUAUGGUGUCCACUAUUAUGAAGUAAAGGAUAAAGGAAAUAUUCCAUGGUGGCUUGGUAUGAGUCCAAAGGGGGUUGGUGUUUAUGAUCAUUCAGACAAAACCAAGCCCAGAAAGGUCUACAAAUGGCAUCAAAUUGAAAAUCUAUAUUUUAAAGAACGAAAAUUUUCAAUUGAAAUUAAAAAUCUUCGCAAAAUUUCUGAAGUAAGUCUGGAUGGUGGUCGCGCAAGAAGUAACUCGCUGGGACGUCGAGUAAACGGUCAGACACGCGUUCUGAUACAUGCCUGGUAUGCCGGUACAACGGCGCAAGCAAAAGCAAUGUGGUCAAUGGCAAUUAGUCAACAUCAGUUUUAUUUGGAUAGAAAAGACAAAGAGGAUAAGUCAACCACACCGAGAACUUUAGAAGACAUCGCAAAUGAAUUAUCCCGUUCAAGUGGUUCACUAAACUCAUCAAUGGCGUCAGUGAUAUCAGACUCCAGUGAACCCAGUGAAAGUGGACAUUCCUCUAAUGGAGGAGAGAGCGGUAUAUCAUCGGAAAUUGCUCAAAAGGAAAUGAUUACGGCACUUGCGGCAAGAAAGGAAGCUUUAGAGACAAGGCUGAAGGAAAAGAUUGAGGAGUUAAGACAGAUUUGUUUUCGCGAAGCUAAUAUCACUGGGGAAUAUCCUCCUGAAACGCCUUUUAAUCCAAACUGUUCCCCACCUCCUGUGAGAAAACGUGUUGGAACAUCGUUCACGUUCUCAGACUUUGCAAUUGAGGACAAUCUUGUUGAGGAAAGAGAACAAAAAAUACAAAAGUUAGAGCGAGAGCUUGAAAUUCAGUCAAAGAUAACAGAUGCUGCUGAGAAAUUGGCCAAUGACCCGAAAGCUAGUAAAAAUGUUAAGAAAUCUAGAAAGUUAAUCUAUCAAAAAUCUUUCUCCAAGUUGAAGACGAUGCAGCAAGCUCUAAAACGAAUGAAAGAGAGUCAAAGUGAAGACCAUGGAUUAGAUGGAAACAGUUUGAAUUCAUAUGAAGAUGAAUUGGAUAGUAUCAAGCCACCAUCUUCACGAAGAUCAAGCUUCGAGGCUGCUACAGGACAACGUAGAGCAAGCAAUACAAAUUCAAUAGAUAAUUCAGUUAACCCAACACUUCUUUCCGACAAAACAGUCACAUCUGGUUCAACAUCGUCUAACGAAGAACUUGCAAGUCCCUUUUAUCCAAGAUUUAAUGAAACACCAGCAUUUGCAUCAUCUACCACGAUCAACGAAAUGUUUUACAAAAAAAGAUUAAAUGUACCAUCACAAAGUUCCAAUCCGGCAUCCCUUCUUCGCCUCGAUUCGAGUUCAUCUAUCUCUUCCACAUCAAGUCUUCGUCCACAGCCUCCGUCUUAUUCAGAAAGUCGUUUUAGUAGGAGAGAGUCUUCACUUGGGACCCCAUGA